AUGAAUUGCAAUUAUCAUCAAGAGAGUCGAAUAGAAUUGGUAUGUGAUGUUUCUCAAAAAUGCUAAAGGAAACUCUGUUCGUAAUGCGAACAUCAAGAGAAAAACAAAACUCACGAGUGCACUCUUUUAGAACAAUUUCAUAAAUCACUAUUAACAUAAUUAAAAACAUCAAAUUUAGAAGAGAAAAAUGAUUUCAAAUAAGAACUCAGUGAAAUUGAAAGUAUGUUGUAAAAAUUUAAGGAGGGAUUAUCAAAGUUAAAAGAAGAGAUAUGCAAUAGCAUUGAUUAGAAAAACGAAUAUUAUUUGAAUAUUAUAAAUGGUAAUACUAAUCUAGCAGAAUAUUCAUAAGUUAAAUUAGAAGAAUUGGUUGAAAUUCAUUAAGAAACAUAAUUAGAUGAUUGGAAUUGUGAGAAACAAUUUUAUUUAAGCCGAUUGAAGAAGAUAGUAAUGUUUUAAUAUUUAGUGCUGUUCUUUAAAAUUUAAAACAAAAAGACAAAACCCCUCUAGAUUAUUCUUUUUUCAAUUCUAUUAAAAACCAAUUCAAAGAAAACUUUCACAAUUUACUUGAAAUUAAUAAGUAAACCAGGUUAAAGAAUUCAAGCAAUGAUAUUUAGAAAAUAGCCCAUGUUAUCAACAAUAUUCGUGAACUUGAAUUUUAUAAAAUGAA